AAACUCCACGGAAGAAGAAGAAAACUCACGUGUUCAGUGCAGCAGAUGAGCUUCGUAUCCAAUCAGACAACAGGUCACCGAGGCAAAAGUCGUCCCUCUCGCUGUCUUUGAGAAGCGUCUCCCGAAUUUAAAACCUUGGUUACUUGGAAACAAUGAGCAAGGGGGAAAACUAUCAAUGUAACGUAAUACACAACGGCCACGUUAGAACAGCAUCAAUACGGUAUAAACAUUUAGCUUUUUCAAUGAGGCUUGUCAUAAUAGCUUAACACAGAUAUUUAGCGUCUUCGUUUUGGAUUAUUUGCCUCAAGCAAGAAUUUGCUACCAACUGGAGAGGAAUUGAACAUCAUGGACUGGUCAGACUAAUUAUUUUCCCACACUCUUCUGACACCAUGCCAAGUCGUCAAAAGAAAAUUAUAUUCUCUGUCGCCGGUGUGUUGAGUUUCGGUUGCGUCCUCAUUGUUGCGGCCGCGAUGGGGUCGCAAUUUUGGGUCCAGGGGACUAUGCUGUGUACAACCGGGGCGCAGCUUGUAAAUGCCACAGGACAAGAGCUUGAUAAAUUUGUCGGUAGGGUUAACUAUGGUCUCUUUCACGGACAGACAGUGAAGCAAUGUGGACUUGGUGGAAGACCCUUCAGAUUUUCAUUUUUUCCGAACUUGGUGGACGUCAUCCCAGCCAGUCUUCAUGUCACUGUGAUCUUCUUCUGCGGAGUUCUCAUCCUCUUCUCCUCUGUGGCCACAGGCUUCUUUGUGUACAACGCCUUUGGUAGUCCCUACGAGACUCUGCACGGAGCCCUGGGACUCUACCUCUGGAACUUCGUCUGCUGCCUCUGCAGCUGCCUGGUGAUGAUUCUGUUUGCGUCCGAGGUGAAGCUCCACCGGCUGUCUGACCACAUCGCCAACUUCAACGAGGGCACGUUUAUGUACAAGACGCAUACAGAACAAUUCGAUCACUCCUUCUGGCUCAUCUUCCUCACCUUCCUCGUCCAUGGCCUUAACAUCCUACUGAUCCGUGUGGCCGGGAUCCAGUUCCCCUUCCAGGAGGCCAAAGAGUCGAAUGUCAACACUGGGGCAUCAGAUCUCAUGUACUGACCAGGGCUUUUGUUUGUUUGUGUGGCCGCUGGCUGCCCCUCCCCCACUCUAGUGACACUGAGCCUCGGCUAUUGGCAUGUCUCAAUGGGAGACUUGGGGCCAUAGCUCCUUGGUGCCCAUGUGCUGUUGUAAGGUCCAAGAAAAUGUGACCGUCCUAAGCCACUUCUUUUCUCCUUCCCAUGACGAGCUGUCAGUCCUUCAGACGACAACCGGAGAAGUCUCCCUGGCCACCUCUGUUAGGGAUGCUGUUUUGAAUCUUGGAGGGGAGGGGUCUUGUUUUUCUUUCCAUCGUGUCAUUAAUUGGUGAUAUCUCGUUAGGCGGUGGGCCAAUUAAAGGCCAGGAUUUCACUCGGCUAUAGAAAAGCAGAGACUUGUUUGGUUCCACUCCUUUUAUCAGGUUUUUCCAAGAAUUGGCAGUCCCUCCCUUGGCAGUCCGAAGUUUUAUCAAUGAAGGGGGACUGUUAAACAGUAUGUGACGAUUGAUUGACCAGAAUAGGUACCAUGUGUGUUUAGCCUUUCAUUAGUGCCCCCGAAAUGUAUUGAAAGACCACAACUGUACAACUUAAACAGAGCCGUUUCUCUAUCCCUUGUGCUUCAUAUUGGUUUUUACUUACAUAUUUAGAAAUCCUAGAGGUCGCUUCAUUGUUUAGUUAGAUUAUGUAUUCAGAAUCAUGUGAUUUGCCAAUUUGAAAGAUUUUAAUGAUGAUCAUUCCUAAUACAACAUUUUAUUUUAUGUGUAGAGCUUUUUAGAUUUGCUCUAGAUUUAUAUUCUGUUGGUGUAAGUCUGACAUGCUGACCUCGCAUGCGCGAGCGUUGUAAAAUAAAUUUCAACAUACGUUAUUCAAUUAUUGCA